GGAGGGGGUUCACCCACCCUCCCCCUUCUUCUCUUCCAGGGCUGAACAUCCCGCGGGAGCAGCAGCUCUACCGGGGCCUCAUCAGCCUGCAAGUGCCGGCUGACCAAGUGCUCAGCUCCGCCGUGCAGGAGAGACUCGCCCUCGUCCAGUAUCACCCCACCCCUGGGGACAGAAAGGAGACGGCCGCCGAGAAAGGACCCGACCUGAUGGCCUUUUACCGGCCGGGGGAGCUGUUCACAGAGACUCCCUCCUUGGAGGUGGGGGGGCUGCCCCCCCUGAAGCUCCAGGCCCAGAGGCGCCCCACACACACCACUUUCCUCAUGCACCGGAAGCUGCAGCAGUGGGCCACCUGAGGCUGGAAGCGGGUGCUGGGCACGGAAGACUGCUGGCUCGACACACAAGCAUCUCUGCGCACGCACACAAUCACACACAAACACACACACACAAAAACACAUAGAGUGGCCUUCUCUACAUAAACUAUUUAA